AUGGGGAAGAAUGUCAGCCUUCCUCCGCCCUAUUCUCGUCCUGCAGCAUCUCAUCAAGAACCCUCGACUAAAUGUCAAGACACCCAAGCUGCUGCAGAAACCUAUGGCUUUGGUGGUGACACUGUUGAUCAAGCUGGGAAACACCCAUGUAUAGACUGUCUAAGGUCCGGUCUGCAGCCCUCCAGCCCUGGCUGGGGCCAGGGCCAGAGGGUGGUUGGCCCUCGGCCCUCGGGUCGACCCUGGUCCGACCCUGGUCAGCCCGACUUUGAGGUGGUUGCCCACAGCAUUACCCGAAGCAGCUGUCAACAACAUUCAACCAUCGUUGAUGUGGUCCUCAACCACUACCUCGCCCACCUGGUCACCCUCCCGCCUCUUCCCCUACCUCCAAGAUCUCAAGAAAAGGCCCUCUCGUGUCACGAACACUACGUCGACACAAGCCCUUGCUCCACCGUGAACCAAUCCCCUGGCACAGGGAUGGGCUGGCCUUCAUGUCUUGCCCCCACCAUCCCUCGACCCCCACCCAUUGCCACCACCCGCAAUUUCGACCCCUAG